AUGCGGAUUAUGGCGCUUCAGAGCUAUGCAGAAUCUGAGAAAUACUUCCUGGACUGGGCUGCCAUUCUCCGUAAACAUGCAAGCAAUCUCGAGUCUGAAGAAGUAGUUAUCUUAUCGUAUCUGCAAAGUAAGGGAAGGUGCGAAGAAAUUGCUAAAGAGUUCGCAGAUAUGCUACGGCCUAUACUUGAAGAGAUUUUUUUGCUCCAAAGUCUUAAGAAAAAAGCGAUUGAAGCAUUCCCGGAUGGAGGAGCUCUCACCACCAAGAAAAAGACGAAGAUGAGGCUUUUUGGUUGUUUCUUGUAG